AUGGUGUCUCCCAUCAAAGCUGUUUGGUUCGACUUCAUGGGCACUUGCCUGGAUUGGCAUUCGAGUAUCGUGACAGCUCUGCCACUUGCACUCUCUGAGUCCCAAAAGUCGACAUUUGCAUUGGAACUGAGACAAGCCUACUUUGACUCCAAUACACGACGCAUAGCGGAGAAGAAACCUGUCGAGGACUUCGACGACACUCAACGACGGGUUCUGGAUUCAUUCCUGGGCAAAACUGAGAAUCUAGACAUCAAGCACUUGUUCUCGACAGAUGUGAGGGAAAGAUUAGUAGCUGCCUGGCACCAUCAGAAAGCUUGGCCUGAUGUGGCUGAAGCUCUCAGGAAGUUGAAAAGCGACAGAAGGUGGGAAGUGUACGUCCACGCCAACGGCAGCACACGAUUGCAGUUGGAUCUCCUCAAGUCUGCCGGUCUGCACUACGACAUGCUCUUCUCAAGUGAGCUAUUAGGUGUCUACAAACCCGCGCCGGAGAGUUAUGAAGUCGUGAUGAAACUCUUGAAACUCAAGUCCGACGAAUGCGUGAUGGUGGCUGCUCAUGCAAGCGACUUGAAAGGUGCAAAGGCUGUCGGGAUGAAAACAGUAUAUGUGUACAGAUGGACAGACGACAUCAGAGAAGACCAGGAAGUUGUGAGGAGGGAAAAUGAUGCUUAUUUGUCUGAUAUGCAUAGUCUGGAUAGUGUCAUUGCCAGUCUUUAA